AUGAAAGUUCAGCAAGCUCAACGGGAGCAAAUGGCUGUGAUGAGUUUUCUAGCUGGUCUUAAUUCUCAGUUUAAAACUGCUAAGUCCCAGAUUCUCUCCAGUGCUGAUCUCUACGAGAGACCUUUACUAGAUAAUAGAGGUCAUACAAAAGGCGGGGGUACAAGUAGGCGAGAGAAUCAAAGUCAGGAUGAAAGGAGAGUUGUAUGUUACUACUGUCAUGAGUCGGGUCAUACCAAACGCACGUGCCGAAAAUUGCACAAUAAAUCUCUGAAGUCACACUCAGCUCAUGUUGUAGCUACAACUGCUACACCCAUCUCAUCCUCUGAGCAGAUCAUUACAGUUUCUGCAGGUCAUUGA